GUUUGUCAAGUCCCUGUCAAAAUGGAGGCGUAUGUUUCGUCUUGACCUCUGACCCUGAGGGGUUUCACUGCUCCUGUCCCCCCGACACCAAGGGACCAGUGUGUCACAGACAGCUGAGACAGGUCUCCAGAACUUUUCAAAUGCUUGAGGUGGGUCACAAUCACAAAUGAAAACUGAGGCAUGUUUGGUCCCAAAGCCAGAGAACAACUGUGAAGGAGCACGGCCAUUUCAACACCGCUGGGCCUUUAACCCUACCUCUGGCCUCUGUGAGGACUUCCUCUACUGCACUGGAAACAGCAGCAACAACUUCCCUUCCUUUAAUGCCUGUAGGGACCAGUGCAUGUUGGGAGCUUGCUGCCUCCGCAAAUCAAGGCAGGGUCUUCCCGCAAGCCAGCAGCAUUAUACUCAGCGUGGAUACAACAUCUCUGCGAAUAGGACACUCUGGGGAUACAAGCUGUAUAAUCUGGAGGAUGAAAUGUCGUAUAGCAAUAAAGACUUCAACCAUACUGAACUGGAAGAUCUGAAAGGAAACCGUAGAGGCAUUGACUGCUGCAAAGAUCUGGAUUUCACUUAUACGUGUGAUUACCUCACUUUAACACAGUGCCAAGCUCUGGUGAAGGACCAAGCUGGAGAGACACAAGCAGUGAGCUUUUCUCCCGGCAUGAACUGCUCUGACAUGAGAUGUAGUGGAGGUUGUGGUUGCUUCACUGAACACGCGCUCUGGAAAUACGAGGAAAGGUUCAGGCAAGGCUGUGAAGAAUGCAUAUGCACAGGGAGUGACAGGGCUGACUGUGUGUGCAGACACCUGACCCAGCGAAAAGAGAUUAGAGACCUCACACUGAGAGAGAGGAGGUUGUACCAGCGAGCUAUCAGGAAACUCUACACCAGGUCAGAUGCAUGGAAGGGUUUUGCGCUACUGAGAGCCGAGUUCUCCCCUCAGGCUGGUAAUCAAGCCUUCUUCCUCCCCUGGCACCGCUAUUUCCUGCGAUUAGUGGAGCACGAGUUGCAGUCAAUGUCAUCAUGCAAAUUGGCAAUUCCAUAUUUCGAAUGGACUGUGGACUCUGGGUCAAUGAAGUCUUCAGCUGCCUGGCAGGCUGGUUUCUUUGGAGGAGAUGGUGAGCCUGGCUCAGGCUGCGUUCCACAUCACCCUUUCCAGGGUGUAACAUCACAUUUCCACUGGUCUCCUUGUCUUAGACGAAGAUUCAACUCCUCGGUGUUGCUGCCAAAUGCAGUGAACCUGCAGAAGACUGUAAACCAGGGAGAUUUCCAGUUGUUCUCCCAAUCUCUGCAAACCUUUUCUGGCCUCUUUAGACUUUGGGUAGGGGGUGACAUGGCUUCACCUCUGGCUGCUUAUGACCCUUUAUACCUGUCACACAUGGCAUUCAUGGACAAGCUGUGGGCACAGUGGCAAGAGAAACAUCAGCAUGCAUCAAAAAGACAAACUAAUGGAGAUGAACAUGGUCAGAGCUUCAUCCUCUACCCUGCCAGACAGAGGCAUGUGAAGAUGGAGCCUUUAGAUGUCACCCCCAAUGAUGUGAUUUCUUCUCAGCAGCAGAUGUGUGUUGUAUAUGUGCCCAUAACCAUCGGCGCACCUUGUAAUAUGACGAUAUUGCAAAAACACCCACAAGGAAGUCGAAAAUCUCAGAAGAUUAACUUUGCCAAGCGCAAGUCACGCUAUAGUGGUUUUGUUAGUGGAGCUUUCGACAACAGUGGUUACAACCAGCACGGAUAUGACCGUGACGGCUAUGACCGAACUGGUUGGGACAGGUGCGGCUAUGGCAAAGAUGGCUUUAACCGAGACUUCAUUGAUAGGGAUGGAUAUGACAUAUCUGGUUUCAACCGCUAUGGGUUCAACCGUUACAAUGUCACCUGGUUUGGCAUGCACAGGGAUGGGGUGUUUGAGAAAAAAAAGAAGCGUUAUGGAGAGGAGGACAAUGAUGAAAAGACACAAGAUAAAGAAAAGAUAAUGUCUGAGCUCUUCAGUGACAAAGGCUACAGUAUCUAUGGGUUUGAUCCAUUCGGCUUGGAUCGUGGCGGGUUUGAUGCAUUUGGCUUUCGAACAGAUGGUUAUGACAAGGACAGUUGUAACUGGUUCUUCAAUGGACCGCACUACCUGCGCUUCUACUUCCACACACAGCAACAAUUGAUGUCAUCCAGUGACCAAGCUCUAAACCGCAUCACUCGCACCUGCCCUCCCAUCACCUCCCUUCCCACACACUGGGCCGCACAGGACUGGAUGAUUUUUGAGCCAAACAACAGCAGUGCUGUGAACGAUCAUCCUGAGCAGGACUGGGUGGGACAAAAUAAGCCAGAAACAGAUGACACUGCUAUGGCAGCUAAACAAAUUGAGAACAACAUAUGGCUUCCAAUCACACCUGAUCACAGGUUUUGUUUCAAGCUCCACUGGUUCAGCGGCUGUCCCCUUGGCUCUGCUCCUAUCACCUGCCCUGACCUCUGCCAUCAGGCCCGCUGCCAUGGUUACCCCGAGGCUGUCUGCCAUAUGCGCAGUUGUGGUUCUUGUUUCACAGAGUGGUGGGAUCCAGAAACUGGAAACCAUGUAAUAUGCCAUGGCUGGUGAAUACUAGACUGUCAGCCAGAAAAACAAAUGAAGGAUUAAAGUACUUUUCACAGCAUUUAAGAGGAGGAUGGACCAACAUUGUCUCUGUGAGCUCGGAGAAACAGAAGGCUCUUCAUGAGAAGGAAAACCGUUGAAAGGGACUGAUACUGGAAUAAAAUAUGACAAAGACUUCAUUGGCAAUAUGAAAAUACUGUAGUAUGAUAUGUUUAACCUCAUUCCAGGAAUAUGCAUUUAUACCACCACAAUGUGACAUUAACUCUGUAUGGGCUACUUUAUCUCCUAUAUGUAUGGUGUUAAAGUGUUCACCCAACAUAAAAAAAACAUCUUCUCUCUCUCAUACCUCUAGUGGUAUCUAGCAACAUGCAUUUUCAGUUACAAAUGUCUACCUUAGCCUGGUUUCACACACUACAGUGUCACAAGAUUUUCUUCAGCUGAUAGUAGAGCGAUGAAAACUGUUCUAGAUUAAUGAGUAUUGUUUUUUUGAAAGAGAUAUUGCUGUUGACAUUUUAAAUGCAAUUUUUCAACACUGAGCAGCACUCACCAAGUUCCAAUAACAGCGAAUGUGUUAUAGAGAGGAGGCAUAAAUCUCAAAACCAAACUUUUCUGCUGAACUAGAUACUAAUAGAGGUAAGUAAUACAACUAUAAAGCUGCACUAAUCAAUGUUUUGUAUUAAUGAAUAGCCUAAUGAAUAGCCUACAUGUAAUGUAGAGGGUGUAGGCUAGGAGCUCUGUGGAGGGAUUUUAGUGGCUUUCAGCUCACUGUUUUGGUUUUACUGUUUUAGGUUUCCUAGCACCCUCCAUUUUUAUCUGCAGCAGGUAGAUGUGUUCAGAGAAAACCUUCUAAAGAAACUGUGUGUACGCUACCUGCCUGGGACCAAACUACAAACAAAGUUAGCAGCUAUUUGUGGACAUACUAGUGGAGCAUUUAGCUGCAGGAGAAGCUCAAAACAGUGUUAAAAAGAAUGAAUAUUGGAUUUAAUGUUGUUUGGUGGUCAGACACAAGACUCCAAAUGAUUGCUCAUGCUGCUCAAAAAUGCUGAAUGUGUAAAUAGGAGUAUGAGAUGACAGUUCGUCAAUGUUGUCUUCACAGUUUGUUGUCCUUCCCCCAAGUGUCUAAAAGCCAGUUAAUGCUUGUUUAAUGGACCCUACUGGUAGUUUUAUUAUAUGUACUGUAUUACCACCAUUUGCCAAAGUUUUCUAGUUGUUGCAUUUGAGGAAACUUUCUACAUCCUUCGGUCAUAGUAAAUUGAAACAAACGUGGGAAUAAU